GUUAUGGGUUACCGUGUAUCUCAAAGAAUUGUAUUUAGCUCCCUCUUCGGUUGGAAAUUUUACAUGAUCUCUUUGACAUAUCAUAAUCACCAAUGGCGGACUCAGCACCAGACGCAGGACCAGCCGGUGGUAGAGGAGGUUUUCGUGGCGGCUUUGGGUCAGGUGGCCGUGGUAGAGGUAGGGGUCGCGGACGUGGCCGUGGACGAGGUCGUGGAAGGGGCAAGCCAGAGGACAAGGAAUGGCAGCCAGUUACCAAACUUGGCAGAUUGGUAAAAGACCUGAAGAUCAAGGAUCUGGAAGAGAUCUACCUGUUCUCUCUGCCCAUCAAGGAAUUUGAGAUCAUUGACUUCUUCCUUGGCCCCGCCCUCAAGGAUGAAGUGCUCAAGAUCAUGCCAGUCCAGAAGCAGACCCGUGCUGGACAGCGCACAAGAUUCAAGGCUUUUGUCGCUAUCGGUGACCACAAUGGUCACAUUGGUCUUGGAGUGAAGUGCUCUAAGGAAGUAGCCACAGCCAUCCGUGGGGCUAUCAUCUUGGCUAAGCUCUCUAUCAUCCCAGUCAGGAGGGGCUAUUGGGGUAACAAGAUUGGCAAGCCCCACACUGUACCCUGCAAGGUUACAGGAAAGUGUGGCAGUGUCUUGGUGCGUUUGAUCCCAGCACCCCGUGGUACUGGUAUCGUCAGUGCCCCCGUACCCAAGAAGCUUCUCCAGAUGGCUGGUAUUGAGGACUGUUACACCAGCGCCUGUGGACAGACGGCUACCCUUGGCAACUUUGCCAAGGCAACAUUCCAGGCCAUCUCCAAGACGUACAGCUACCUGACCCCUGACAUGUGGAAGGAGACCGUCUUCAGCAGGUCACCUUACCAGGAGUUCACCGACCAUCUGGCCAAGAACCAUAAGGGACAACCCAAGCCUAAACUCGAAGCCUAAGUCACACCCCUUCCGCCCCCUUCCUGAUCACUGUGAAGGAGGGGUAAGGGGGUAGCGGCCUCUGAUUAUCAGGGCUUAUGUAGUAAGCCUUGAAUACCCCUCUGGUAAAGGAGGGUUCCCCGCUAAAAGCGGGGCUCCUGGCUUAAAGCCGGGAAAACAUUGCUAUGUAUAAAACAUUGCUCUGUACUGCAAGUAAGAUAAUUUUUCAUUCUCUCUAAUUCACUUGCCUUCAGGUUUAUUUCCAUCUUAGCUUUAUAAUAGCUACAUUUGACAGAAAGCAUUUCAAUAGAAGUC